AUGUCGAACCCGCCGCCCGUUUUCGAAGAGGCUUUGCCUCGCCCCCUGGUAACACCUGCCGCGCCUACCCAACAUGAUUGCUCCGAGGAAGCUGAGAGCUGUCCGACCGGCUCACGUCACCACUUUUUGCAGGAUCAGCUCUUGUCCCAGGGAGCUCGACAAGCGCCAUCCCCGUCGCGUGCGGAGUCCCCCACAGUCCACCAAUGGUCUCAACCAGUAUCUUCCUUCUCCAUCAAAAGGUCCUCGACGAUCCCGCUGGAGAAAUUCACACAUCCUCCAUCAAUCCAUAGCCCUCAACUGUCUGAAAGAGACAGUAUCUUCGCGACCCAUUACCUUCCCUCUGAUAGCGCCGCAACCACUCCACAAUUGCGGCCAGAACAGGCCUCAAAUAAUGAGCGCCAGGUAAACUCGAUCCCCAGCCUUGACGAAGUACCCGCAUCUCCUACUCCUGCCCCGAAGGUUUCUUCCCUACGUUCCUACGUCGAUCCUUCCCACAUGGAAGUUGACGUCCGUAGACACAAUCCAUUGCGCUCUUCUCUUUUAUCCUCUGAAGUUUCCCAUCUGUCCCUUUUGCGCGCGUCAAUCUCCUCUUCAGAUCAGGCGAAACGCCAGGAAUUGCAUACAAAACCCCCCUCAUCACAUCAAUUACCAUCAGGCGAAAAAGGUACGAAGCCCAGUGGCCCACAAGACUCACCGGCUGAACGUAGUCUUCUUCCGUCCCCACUAGGAGAUGUUUUUAAUUCUCCCAUCGAAUUGACCUUCCCCCAUGUCGGGCUUGACAAGCUGAAAGACGAUUCGCAAGGCGGGUCGCAACUGCCACCGACGGAACAUUCCCGAGGCACCACCGUCGAACGGAGUACAAGCAAAAGUCGCCGUGGCCGUGGACGCGUGGAUAAUUCAAUUGAGGCAGAUCUCACUAAUGUGGAGCCUGUCAUUAACGUGCGCAGUCGAAAAUCGAGUCAUUACCUUGGUUUAUUCAAAGAGAAUACGUCGCCGGACCGGAAACGACGGGAGGACCGCGAGCGACAACAAGAUGAGGCAUCGGAACCUACCCGCCGUGCAAUGGAACACGAUAUUCAAAACCAGAGUGUAUCAUUAGAGGAAGAAGGACCAGUCCACAAAAGUAGAUCUCUUCCAUCCUUCCUCGAUGGUUCCUUUGACGAUGUUCCCGUCAAAGUGACUGAACAGGACGGACACCUCGGACGUCACCCACCACCACCAUUACCUCGCAGUCUUCUCGAAGAGAUUCGAAAUUUUCAUCUCACACCUGGUGGAGACCAUGGAUCGUCCUUCUCUAAAAGUAUUCCAGCGCAGUAUUCCGAACGUGGCCGCGAAUACUUCCAGAAGGAACCAAAUGCAAAGCCAUUUUCCGAGUCUUUGAGCUCCGUUGAACCCAUUGAUUCACAAGAUUUGAUACUUAAUGAGAAUGAAGUGGAAAAUGAACACAUCAAGUCUGCUGUAUAUUUUCCCCACAAGCGUAUCCCACCCAAUGACGAGUCAGACUUUGAAAAGCCUUUAGUGCCAGACUCGCAUAGCGUGAAGCCAGCCACAGAGCAAGACCAUGGGGUAAUGCUAGUGCCACAUGAUCGUGAUAUCUCUGAAGAGCAGGAAGUGGGUCAUGUCGAUAUCUCCUUCUGGUCUAGAAAUGAAAAUAGGGUCCUUCACGGCGAUCUUCAAGACCUUCGCUCUCAAACAGGGUCUGUUUCCGAGACGUCGCUUGGUCCGAUCUCUGAGCGCAGCUAUGACUCUGCUUGUGAAUCCGAUACCUUGUCGUCAACAGAAGGUAGUGUACGUUCUGCUCAUGAGGAUUGGGAAGACGAUGCUGAGGCAACCCCGACUGCAACCCCCACUCAGCGCUCUCAUUUCCCUUUGAGCCAUAAGCCUACGGGACCACUUGGUUCUGUUGAGUUGAAGCCGUACAGACACCAGGUUGGUGGUCACACAACUGUCUUCCGCUUCUCCAGGCGUGCAGUAUGCAAACAACUAAAUAAUCGAGAGAAUGAGUUUUACGAACGUAUUGAGCGUCGGCACCCUGAAAUCCUAAGAUUUCUUCCGAGAUACAUUGGUGUUUUGAACGUCACCUUUUCGAAGAAUGCCAAGCGAGCAAAGGACGCUGUCGAAAAUGCAGGCGUCAAUCCCGAAGAUCAAAACCAAACAACUGCAGAGGAAAUAAAUUCGAAAAUGCUUGAGGAACCGGCGCCACAGCGAAUUGUAAGCCAGAGCCAAGUGACUGGGGUAAUUCCAAAAGUCAUACUGGAAAACAAUCGCCAUAUCAUCCCCGCCGACCUUUUCUCUCGUCCGCAACGCCCACGGCUGCUUAAUGACCCAAUCAUGAAUCGUCCCCACUCCGCUGAUGAACUAGGUGGGUUUUCAUCAGAUUCUGACCCAUGUUCGAAUAAGAGACCUAAGAUUUGGGGUGCUACGACUGUCAACACAAAGCUGCAAGAGCAGGUUCUUCGUGAGGUUUUCAGUCCCCCAGCUAUUCACCAUCACAGACGUCACGCUCGAGGACAUCUUUCGAGGGCCACGUCUGAUAUCCCACAUCGGCGUGGAAUUGCUUCGGAAGACCAUGGCUCAAAUGGUCGCCUCUCGGGAUUGAGCAAGGUCCAGUCUCUUCAAUCUCCUGCUAUGGAUAUUCCACCUUCCACUCAGGAUGUACCUCCUCUUUCAUCAUCCGCCUCCACUGCCUUGGAUAAAAAGCGGGAUCGCAUGGAGCGAGUUCAAACAGAGGAUGAGGAGGGUGAGAAAAACUCCGCUGAUCGUGGUCAAUCGGUACGGAGACGUCAUUCCGGAGGUGGACUGCAGAGACGGGGAAGCAUCAAUUCGCGCAACACGGCUGGCGAGCUCCUCUUCUUUGAAGAUGAGGGUUAUGGUGGUGAUAAGGAGGAUGAAAUAUUUUCCAUGGAUGGUGAUACUCAAACACUCUCGGACCAUUUCCCAUCAGCAGAGCCUUCAACACCACCUUCUCCUCGAGACAUUUCAUCUCUUGAGACUGCACCUCCCACCAAACUAUCACUCGCCGUUACUCAAAUGGCAUCUAAAGAUGAUGUCGGCUCCCACUUGCCGAAUAAUCCUAAAGAGGCACAAAAAGUGAAUGAAGAUGAAGAGCGUGUUCAGCUCUUCCUACUCCUCGAAGAUCUCACUGCCGGAAUGAAUAAACCUUGCGUGCUUGACCUCAAAAUGGGCACUCGGCAAUACGGCAUCGAAGCGAAUGAGAAAAAAAGAAGAGUUCGUCUCUGCGGUAUGCAAGCUUGGAAUGUCAAGAAGCAAGAAUACAUAUUUGAAGAUAAGUAUUUCGGUCGAGACUUGAAGUCUGGCCGUGAAUUCCAAGAUGCACUCACCCGCUUUCUUUACGAUGGUGUGAGCUAUGUUAGCGUGGCAAAGAAGAUUCCCGUUAUUUUAGAGAAAUUGUCGCUGCUUGAAAACAUGGUUCGAAGACUUGAGAAUUAUCGUCUCUACGCUAGCAGCUUGCUUAUAUUGUAUGACGGUGAACCUUCAAAUGACCCACCUGCAAACCCCCGUCGUACCAAAGAUCGACCAGCUGGUCCGCAGCGUCGAGCCUCCGAAGAGGACCACUCCAAGGUCGGCGUUCAACUUAAGAUCGUUGACUUCGCAAAUUGUGUGACUGGCGAGGACGAACUUCCCCCAGAUACACCCUGCCCACCAUACCAUCCAGGGGAUAUUGAUCGCGGCUAUCUCCGUGGCCUUCGCACACUCCGCAUGUAUUUCCAACGCAUCAUGAAAGAAAUUACUAAAGAUGAUGUCUUAGAGCGUGGAGAAGGUGAGGCCACCGCGCUGGGUUUUCAACCUGCCGUUCGCGAGUCCCCGUCGAAUCAAUAUCUUGAUGAAAAUGUCAUGGAUAGCGAUCCUGGUGAGGUUAGUUUCUAA